UAUACGCACAAGUAGCGUAACAACAACAACAAUCACACGACAAAACAUAUUUAUUGAAGUCUUCCGUGGCUGGGCGGUGCCAGUUGAUUGAUCCACAUAAUGCGGAGGCGGAAACUUUACAGACUGCAGCAUGGAUGUAUGCCUUGACAUGAACCGCAGCUGUACCAUAGACUGUAAAAAAAAAGAGCUAUAGGCUACAUAUCUAUGUAGGCUACAGUGAAAACGAAGGCAACGUUAUUUUGCAAAAACGUCCAACAGGCAAACAGCUGGGAGGUGAAUAACAUUCCUACACAGAAAAGAGGAAGUGGACAUGAGGUCUUUUGCUGUUGAAGAUCACCACACACCCUCACUUAGGAGAGGAUCCUCCCCCUGGUCUGCUUUAACUAUUGGACUCCACAGUAAAUCAUUAACCACAUCAAUCUGAGGACUCCUUCCAUAACAUCCUCAGAUUAAUAAAACAGCAACAGAUCAUUGUUCAAGUAGAAGGUCCCCUUUUUAUAUAAAUAGGUGCCUAAAAAAAAAGAGAUCAUACACAGCAUUGAUGUCACAAACUGAUUAAUUUCCUUUUCCAACCUCUCUGGCUGGCCUGUAGCACAUGGUAACAACCCAGAUUAAAUCUGCUCCAGGGCAGAGAAGUUGACCAUUAACCUCCCCUACUGAUUACGUGCACAUCUCUCCUUGUGAGCAGCUGAUUCUAUACAGUGGAUCCUGUAGCAAAGUUCACUGUCGCAGGCUGCAGAAGUCUGUCAAACGACAGGAGCUUGCUCCUUCCUCUGGAUUUGUCCUCUGUUCUUCCAGUUUUUGCCAUUUGUAGGACUAAAUCUGCAGCCAUGGCUACAGCAAGUUAUGGAUACUACCGAGGCACUAUAUUUCUGGCCAUGUUUGUAGGCUACACACUUUACUACUUUAACAGAAAGACUUUCUCCUUUGUGAUGCCUUCUAUAAUGCAAGAAAUAAAGAUGGAUAAGGAUGACCUGGGCAUGAUCACCAGCAGUCAGUCUUUGGCCUACGCUAUCAGUAAGUUCAUCAGUGGUGUGCUUUCAGACCAGAUCAGCGCCCGCUGGCUCUUCUCUAUUGGCCUGUGCAUGGUGGGAGGCAUCAAUGUGGUUUUCUCCUGGUCCUCCACUGUCACUGUCUUCUCUGCCCUGUGGUUUCUCAACGGCCUGGGCCAGGGCCUCGGCUGGCCUCCCUGUGGCAGAGUGCUGCGCAAGUGGUUUGAGCCCUCACAGUUCGGGACAUGGUGGGCGAUUCUGUCCUGCAGCAUGAAUCUGGCUGGCAGCUUGGGCCCCAUUAUUGCCACAGUGCUGACCCAGAGUUACAGUUGGAGGACAAUACUGUCGGUAUCUGGAAUGAUUUGUGUGGUGGCCUCCUUUUUCUGUCUGCUGUUCAUCAAGAAUGAGCCCAAGGAGGUGGGGCUGCCCAACAUAGAGGCAACAGCCAAGAAGAGCAAAGGAGGAUCCACCAGUAAUGAAAGCACCCUGUCUGAGUUCCUGCUGUCACCUUACCUGUGGCUGCUAUCUAUGUCCUACCUGGUGGUGUUCGGGGUGAAGACGGCUUGCACCGACUGGGGCCAGCUGUUUCUCAUUCAGGACAAGGGCCAGUCUCCACUUAUGGGUAGCUCAUACAUGAGUGCCCUGGAGGUUGGAGGCCUUUUGGGCAGUCUCGCAGCAGGUUACCUCUCUGACAAAGCGGUGGCCAAACAAGGUAUGAGAAUAUAUGGCAAUCCCCGUCAUUUCAUCCUGAUCUGCAUGAUGGCUGGAAUGUUUGUGUCCAUGUACCUGUUCAGAGUCACAGUUACUCCUGACAGCUCAAAGGUGUGGAUACUCAGCUUGGGUGCGGUUUUCGGUUUCUCCUCUUACGGACCAAUAGCGUUAUUUGGAGUUAUAGCCAAUGAGAGUGCCCCAUCUAACUACUGUGGGACAUCACAUGCCAUUGUUGCCCUGAUGGCCAACGUCGGUGGCUUCCUGUCUGGACUACCAUUCAGCACCAUUGCCAAGCACCACGGCUGGGAAAUGGCCUUCUGGGUAGCAGAGAUCACCUGUGCCAUCACCACUGUUGGAUUCUUCCUGCUGCGCAAUGUCCGAACCAAGAUGGGUCACAUGUCCAAGAAGGCCAACUAA